AUGUACUUUACGCCGAAGUCUCAAGAGGCUCAGCCGCGCCCUAUUGUCACGGCGGUGGACGGCAGCAAGUUCCCGGACUCGCUGAACGACCCUUCUCAAGUACCGACUUCCAUUUCAGACUCGGAGGGAACUCUUCCCAAGGCUCAGAUGACUUCUACUCCUCCGACUUUUGUGGAUGACAUUGUGAAGAAUGUGACGAGCGUCUUUGACGGCAACCAGACAUGGUGCGACAAGUGCAAGGCAGCGCUCCCUAUUGGCAAGAAGCUUGCCCUUGCCAAGCCUGGUGCCAUCCCUGGUGUCUUGAUUGACCUGUGUAAAAAGUACAACUACCAUCGCUACGGCAAGAACCCUGACAACAACCUUACUUCGCUGCCGGAUGGCCGCGCAAACCAGUUCAGCUGGGACUGGGAUUACAUCUCGAAACUGUGGCACAAUGAAGGCUGGAUCAACUCGACGACUGCCAAUGAAGUGCGUACGCACUAUGGUGGUUACUCUAUUACGCCCCGCCAAGGCCUCCGCGUAAUCACGUUCAACACGGACUUCUGGUACAACGGCAACGCGUUUGCAUUUAUUAAUACUUCGAACCCUGACGUGUCUGGUGUCUUGCGCUUUGUCACUGACGAGCUUCAGGCUGCGGAGGACGCUGGCCAGCGUGUUUGGGUUGUAGGGCAUGUCCUGCCCGGUUGGGACGGUUACUCGUCCCUCGACCGCCCUACUAACCUGUUCUACCAGAUUGUGACCCGUUAUUCGCAUACUAUUGCUGCGAUGUUCUUCGGACAUACUCAUGAAGAUCAAUUCGCCGUGUAUUACCACAACACGAAUGGAAACUCGAGCAGUGCCUCGCGCAAGACGGAGGAUGCUGUUGCUAUUUCGUACAUUUCGCCUUCAAUUACUCCGCUAACCAACAUGAACCCGGGUAUCCGUGUCCUUGAGGUCGAUCCCGAAACAUAUGAAGUGGUCGACUACGCCCAAUACUACACCCCGCUGCAGAAAGUCCAAAAGGAGAAGGAGACGAAGAAUGGGCUUGUGUGGUACCAUUUGUACUCGGCCCGUGCAACCUAUGGCGAUUUUAAGGGAAGUGUGGCCGCUGGGAACUACAGCAACGUGGUGCAGCUUAAUGGAACCAAGUGGCCCAGUGAUGCUCCCCUCAACGCCACCUUCUGGUCUGCUGUGGCUGAUGAGGUCGAGACGAGGCCCGAGUUGGCUCACAAUGGCACCAAGAUUCAGAUAGGGAACAAAGUCACGGCGGCCGCGGCAGUUGAGUCACCGGAGCUAGAGUCCGACGAAGACGAGGAGUCAGAGCUGCUCGACUUCGACGAGCUAGAGUCCGACGACGACGAGGGCGAGCUGCUGGAGCUGCUCGACUUCGACGAGCUAGAGUCCGACGACGACGAGGGCGAGCUGCUAGAGCUGCUCGACUUCGAUGAGCUCGAGUCCGACGACGAGUCCGAGCUGCUCGACUUCGACGAGCUAGAGUCCGACGACGACGAGGGCGAGCUGCUGGAGCUGCUCGACUUCGACGAGCUAGAGUCCGACGACGACGAGGGCGAGCUGCUAGAGCUGCUCGACUUCGAUGAGCUCGAGUCCGACGACGAGUCCGAGCUGCUCGACUUCGACGAGCUAGAGUCCGAAGACGACGAGUCCGAGCUGCUCGACUUCGACGAGCUAGAGUCCGACGACGACGAGGGCGAGCUGCUAGAGCUGCUCGACUUCGACGAGCUCGAGUCCGACGACGACGAGGGCGAGCUGCUAGAGCUGCUCGACUUCGACGAGCUAGAGUCUGAAGACGACGAAGGCGCGCUGCUGGAGCUGCUCGACUUCGACAAGCUAGAGUCCGAAGACGAUGGGCUCGAAGAGCUAGAAGACGAGGCAGGGACAGCGGCGCUAGUCGAGUUGGCCGACGACGUAGGAGCAACCGAAGUCGAGUUAGCCGACGACGACGGGGCAACCGAAGUCGAGUUGGCCGACGACGACGGGGCAACCGAAGUCGAGUUGGCCGACGACGUAGGAGCAACCGAAGUCGAGUUAGCCGACGACGACGGGGCAACCGAAGUCGAGUUGGCCGACGACGUAGGAGCAACCGAAGUCGAGUUAGCCGACGACGACGGGGCAACCGAAGUCGAGUUGGCCGACGACGUAGGAGCAACCGAAGUCGGGUUGGCCGACGACGUCGGGGCAACGCUGUCCGACGACGAGCCACCAGUGGGGAUCGGGACCACAACACCAGUGGAGUUCGUGGACGAAGCCGGGGUCGCCGAGCUCGAGUCAGCCGACGACUUAGACGAUUCCGAAGCAAUCGACGACGACACCGAGGCCGCAGGAGUGCUCUUCGACGAGGCAAUCGAAGCGAUCGACGACGACUGA